AUGGAGAGUGAGUUGGUGAAACGCAGAAUUGAUAUAAUUGCAGCACACUUUGCUUCCACUGAUGAGAAUGAGAUUUCUCCAACUCAUCUUCUUCCUAUGAAUUGCAGUGGUAGUCUUAAUUCUGUGUUACGGAGACAUGGCAAUAACAUAUAUUUUGCACCCCAAACAUCACUUAAAAAGGGUGACUCAACAUCUUUUGUCGCUCCAAAAACCAAUGGUGCAAAAUGUGAAGCUCCUUCUAAUUAUAAAAGAGCACCAUGUUUUGCAAGACCUGCAAUGAAGGAAUCAAUAAUUUCAAAUUCAGUUGCGCAAAUUACUAAGACACAAGUCUAUGAUUUUGAUGCAUUUGGGCCACCUACAUAUGCUAGGCCAAGCAAACAGAUUAAACAAGGAGAACAGUUCAAUAAUGAAAAAAGAAUACACCAAUCUGAAAUUGGUAUUGAGUGGUCACCUAGAAUGGAUGUUGCAAAUUCAAAAGGUAAAUAUGUUAUCAGGGUGGAAGUUCCUGGUGCGAGUGUUGAUGACAUAAGAGUCGAGAUUGAUGAUCAAAAAUUAUCUAUCAAAGGUAGACGGUUAAGUAGUUCCGGGAAAGUAGCAGGUUGUCCAAAUGGUUGUGCAGUUUCUUCAUACCUCAAAAGAGAGAUACCAUAUGGACCAUUUGAGGUUGUGUGGCCACUUCCUACUGGUGUGAACAAGGACAAUAUCUCAGCUGAAUUUUUGGAUGGAUUUCUCCAAAUUAUAAUCCCUAAAGUUUGA